AUGGGUGACUGGAGCUUCUUGGGGAACAUCUUGGAGGAGGUGAAUGAGCACUCCACGGUCAUCGGCCGGGUGUGGCUCACGGUGCUGUUCAUCUUCCGCAUCCUCAUCCUGGGCACAGCCGCGGAGUUCGUGUGGGGAGAUGAGCAGUCUGACUUCGUGUGCAACACCCAGCAGCCAGGCUGCGAGAACGUGUGCUACGAUGAGGCCUUCCCAAUCUCGCACAUCCGCCUCUGGGUGCUGCAGAUCAUCUUCGUGUCCACGCCGUCGCUGGUCUACGUGGGCCAUGCCGUGCACCACGUGCGCAUGGAGGAGAAACGCAAGGAGCGCGAGGCCGAGGAGCUGUGCCAGCAGUCGGCAGGUGACGCUGGCGACAGGCUACCGCUGGCUGCAGACCAGGCCAGCAUCAAGAAGGGUAGCAGCAGCAGCAAAGGCACCAAGAAGUUCCGGCUGGAGGGGACCCUGCUGAGGACUUACAUCUGCCACAUCAUCUUCAAGACCCUCUUUGAGGUGGGCUUCAUCGUGGGCCACUACUUCCUCUACGGUUUCCGGAUCUUGCCCCUCUACCGCUGCAGCCGGUGGCCCUGCCCCAACGUGGUGGACUGCUUCGUGUCACGGCCCACAGAGAAGACCAUCUUCAUCCUCUUCAUGCUGUCUGUGGCUUCUGUAUCCCUUUUCCUCAACAUCAUGGAGAUGAGCCACUUGGGCCUGAAGAGGAUCCGGUCUGCCUUCAAGAGGCCAGUAGAGCAGCCACUGGGAGAGAUUCCAGAAAAGUCCCUCCACUCUAUUGCUGUCUCCUCCAUCCAGAAGGCCAAGGGCUACCAGCUGCUGGAAGAAGAGAAAAUCGUGUCUCACUACUUCCCUCUGACUGAAGUGGGCAUGGUGGAUCCCAGUCCCCUCUCUGCCAAGCCUUUUAGUCAAUUUGAGGAGAAAGUGGGCACAGGACCCCUAGGGGACCUGCCCCGGGCUUACCAAGAGACACUACCUUCCUAUGCCCAGGUGGGAGCACCGGAGGCAGAGGGGGAGGAGCAGCCUGUGGAGGAGGGAGCAGAGCCUGAGCUGGGAGAGAAGAGACAGGAAGCAGACAGAGUGAGCACAGAUGAGCAGGAGAACUUGGUUGUGCUGGAGGGGGGUAAAGUGGAAGGGCCCGGGGUGGGGAAGGAGGGUAACAAGGAAGAGCUGCAGGCAGAGAAGGUCCCCAAACCAGGGCUGCCCACUGAGAAGGCACCGUCACUGUGUCCAGAGUUGACCGGGGAUGACACUAGACCCCUGAGCCGGCUGAGUAAGGCCAGCAGCCGGGCCAGGUCAGAUGAUCUAACAGUAUGA